AGCAGAUCUGAUAUUAUAUAGUACACACACUCAUCUAUUUUAUUUUUUCUCUCGCUGGUUCUCAUCGUCUCUCUUCUCGCUCUCUCUCAUCCUAGCUCACUUUCUCUAUCCUCUCGCUCUCUGGCGCUCGCAGCGCAAUCGUUCUCGGAGGUUGUAUUUGAUGCCGCAAAAGGGGGAGAAACAGUGUUAGGAGGAAACCUACCUGAGAGCAGCCGCCUCAAUUAAUUAAAACCCUAGAUCCAUAGAUAAACAUUUAAAUUCAUUUGUUUUUGUUGAUUUUCGAGCUGCUUAAGGAUCGAAAUAUGGCGACUUCUGCGCCUCAAUCUCAAUCUCAAUCUCAGCCUCCCUCCGCUGAGGAAGAAGUGCUCAAGAGGAACACCGAUUGUGUUUACUUUCUUGCUUCGCCUUUAACUUGCAAAAAGGGAAGCGAAUGUGAGUAUCGCCAUAGUGAGAUCGCACGGGUAAAUCCAAGGGACUGUUGGUACUGGUUACAUGGUAACUGCUUGAAUCCGAAGUGUGCCUUCCGUCAUCCGCCGCUUGAAGGGUUGCUCGGAACCCAAGUGCCAACAUCUACUGGACCCUCUGCACCUGUGCCUCAGGCUGUUACAGGACCUGCAUCGCAUGUCCCAAAUGCCUUCACCAAGCCAGCUGUAGCAUGUGUAUUUUUUCAAAAAGGGCACUGUUUAAAAGGGGAUUGGUGUCCAUUUCUUCAUGCGCCAAAUGCCUCAAAUACCAAAGCCAUACCUGUUCCAGUAACUGUAUCUGCUGUUGAACCUGCGAAUAUAAAUAAGCCUUCCAGUGGAGUUGAGAAGCCUUUGCAACAGAAGGUUACGCCUAUAAAUGUAGCUAAAUCACUCAAUGAUACUGCACGGUCAAAACCACUGGCUGCAGUGGAAUCUACUGCUCCUAGAUAUGAAUCUGCUGUAAGUAGGAAGGUUCCACAAACAUCAGGCAGUAAUGUAUUUUCCGGUUACAGGGCUGCUACUCCCAUAUCUAAUGGGCACCCAGUCAGCUGGUCCAGCCGUGCUCAGCAAUCUCACCUGUUUGAUGAACCUGAAAGCAUGAACAACAAGGAUGCAGAAGAAGUUUCAAGGGAGCCGUCUCCUGGAUUUGAUGUUCUUGUAGACGAUGAGGGAAGAGAUUCUGAGUUCUAUCCAGGUGAAGAUAGGUAUGGGAUGUCAAGAGAACAUGAACCUGGGACUGAAUAUGAAAUUAGUCGCUCUGCUGAUUACAACUUGAUUGCUGCUGUUGAUGAUGAUAUAUAUCAGGGUCGUCAUGGUUACGACUCACUUGAGCACCGUAAGGGACAGUAUGCUUGGGAGCAGCGCAGAGCUUCAUCUGAGAGGAUGUCUGAUAGGUCUUAUCAUGAAAGGAGGCCAUAUGGUCGGCAAGAGAGUCAUGGUCAAGUUGAUGAACAGGAUCUAAGGCACCGUCUAGCAAAGCAUAAGAAGCCUAAUGGUUUAAGAUCUGUCAUUAGUCAUGAACAUGUCCGGGACGUGCAUGUAAGAGAUAGAAGCUACCGGGGUUUAGAUAGGGAUGAGCAACAUAAUGCCUCGCGGGAGAAUUCUCUUGGCAGUCGCCUUCGAGGAAGAAUACGACUUCCUGAAAGAUCGUCUUCUCCAAACAACAGGGAUAUGAUUAGGACUACUGGUCGUAUCUCCUCACAACCAGGAAGGAUUCGAGACAGAAUAAAAGGAAGGCCUGAAGAAGCUUCUGAUGAUGGUGUAAAGAACUAUCGAGAUCUGGACUCAAGAAGAGAAUCUGUAGGUGAUAAUAAUACUGAUUUUGCUAAACCAAAAAGCUUAGCAGAAUUGAAGAACCAGAAAAAUGCUGAUUCUAGUAGACAGCAUGUGACUGAUCAACAAUCACUUGGUAAGAGAAAAAAUGUGAUGAUUGAUUGGAAUCAACAGAGUGAAAAUGGUGUUUCAUUUGAAGGACCUAAGCCACUAGAAGAGAUUCUGAAGCGGAAGAGACGUGAAACAAGUGGAACUAUUGUGGGUAGGAAUUCAUCAAGCGCUGAAGGUGGUGUUGUAGGAGAUGAAAGAGAGGGUGCAACUGACGAGCCCAUUACUGAGAUUGGAAAUCUUAAGGAGGUUAAUAAGCCUAUGUCAGUUCAAACGAUGGAAGCAGGAGAGGGUAAGCCAGCCAGCUCUAGUCCUGACCAGCAAUCUGUUCCUAGCAAGCCAGAAGCUGAAGAUGGUGAACUUGGUGAGGAUGGAGUGGAUCCUGAAUCUGAACCCUAUGAGCAGAGAGAUGGGGAGUCCGAUUAUGAGCAAAUGGGUGGGGAAGAGUACGUAAUGUAUGAUGAUGGCGAGAAUGGAGAUGCUGUAGAGGAAUACGUUGAAGAAGAAGAAGAAGAAGAAGAAGAAGAAGACGAUGAUGAGUUUGCAAAGAAGAUGGGUGUAAUGUACUCCUGAAAUUGAAAGAUAAGUGGGUUGAUGCACGAGUAUCGUCUCGAGAAAUGGCAAGUUUAUACUAGACUCUCCUAAUUUUGCUUUCGGAAGUAGAGAGAUGAUAAGUAGUGCAGAAUGUACCAUUAGAAACUUCUUUUUAUUGUGGAGUAUUAAAACUCCUAGACUUAGACUGGCUGGAUCAAAUUUUUUUUUUCUUCCCUUUUUGUAGUUCCUCUAUUUGCCAGUUAAUUUGCUCAGAGUUGGAUUAUGAUUGUAACAUGAGAAGGUGAAUAAUAAUUGUUGGCAUGCCUUUUUCUCCCCCA